AUGGACGCAACCAAAUCAGUGCUCCUUGAUGGUUCCGGGGCUGUUCUUUUGGCUUCUCCCAAUCUGAAUAGGCCAAAGCUUUCCGGGGUUACUGAAAAGGCCGUCGUGAUUAUUGAGCACACCGAAACUGGUUUGGGAGACUCUCUGCAGUUAGCCGUGACGAAUACCGGAGCAGCCGCACAACGCAUUCUGUUUGCCCAUGUGACGGAAGCCACUCGUCUCAAGGAAGCUACGGCCAUCUCCCUCCUAGAGGCCGAAUUACCUCUAUUGGCUGGCAUAACUGACAGCGAGAUGCGUCGCCUGAAGCUGUUGACAGGCCAGGCCAAGAACGUACUCUGUGUCACAGCCGGCGACCUCCUCAACGGAAAGACGCCCCAGAUGGGACUGGCAGCAGGCCUCUCCCACGCGCUGAUGCUUGAGAAGUCGUCUCUACGUCUCAUGGUGUACGAUACUGACAAGAGGGCGGAGGCGGACUGCGAAGCGCAAAACCUGCUGCAGAUUCUGACGUCGUCGCAGAUGACCGGAUCCGAUUUGGAGUACGUCGAGAAUGACGGGACUGUGCACAUGGCGCGUUUCGUGCCGGAUACCAAGAUAAAUGCCUUGUUCCAGCUAGCGCAAGACACAACAGUAAUUCGACUCGAUCCAGUCCACUUCCGCGCCAUUGAGCCGCCACCAAAAGGUCUGGCCGAGGAUGACAUCAAGAUGUCGGUCAAGGCAGUUGGUCUCAAUGCCAAGGACUUGUACUUGCUCACCAGCAAAGCCGAUACGCCCGGGGCCACGUGCGCCCUUGAAUUUUCCGGCGUCGUCGAUUUAUAG